GACAACACGAGAGUAGUGCUUUAGGAGCGUCCUUGAUGCAGAGUGAGAGGCAGGACCCUGGCUGCUCGUAGACGCAGGGUACAAUGGCGAUGAUGCAGGUUCGCUGUGUCACCCAAAGUUCUGGCGUUGUGUAGCGUCAACCGUCUAUGACACAACUUAUCGAACAAUUACGACUGCAACUGCAACUCUUGGAUGAUGCAUUGGCUGUAAGUAGAGCCGGAGAACGUUUGUCGUCGCGAGAAGACAGGGACCAUGUAAUGACAGCCGGAUCUAGUCAAGCUGGAGUUCUACUACUUCUGUAUAUGGCACUGUUGUCAGCAUGCAAACAUUGUGUCUUACGAAGUACGACCGUUUGCAUUGCGUUGCGUAGAUGCAAUCAAGUAUAGGUUUCACCACUUCAGCUGCAUGACUUGGCUUCAU